CCUGGAUCGUACGGAACUUGGUGGACUCGGGCUAGGUUGAACCCUACUGUUACCCCGGAGGAAUGCCACCAAGCUGCUACGCACGGGGAUGGCGAAUGCUAGGUUGAUUAGUUUAUGGGCUAAGACAAGCCUUUGAGAGUCGAGACUUUCAGACAAGGUGAUUUCGAAAUACGAAGCCGAGUUCCAGCUGACAUGGGAUCUUCGGUCUAUCGAUUUACUACCAAACUACGACGUAGUUGAUCUGAACUAUCACACCCGACGGCUAUAUAACAAGACUCUUGCGACCGCAAAUAAUCCUGUCUUCUCCAGCAACAAACAACAUCUUCUCUCUCACCUCCACAACUUCAAUCAAUUCUCACUCUUCUACCUCAACACCACCACCUCAACCUACAAAACCCACCCUUCAAACCCCAAAAUGCAGUUCUCCGCCGCCCUCGUCGCCAUCCUCUCCGCCGCCUCUGGCGCCAUGGCCGCCCCUGCCUCCAGCGCCGUCUCCAUGAUGGCCGCCACUCCCCAGUGGACUAUCCAGAGCCUCAACCGCGUCUGCGACAAGGCUGACACCACCUGCACCUGGAACUUCAAGAUCAACACCGGCUCCGGCGCUGCCACCCCUUGCAAGUACGUCGUCAAGGGCAAGAAGGCCUCGCAGGCCAACGGCGGCCCCUCCAAGUGCGGCACCUUCACCAUCACCUCUGGCUGGAGCGGCCAAUUCGGCGCCGACAAGGGCUUCACCACCGUCUCCGUCGUCAGCAGCAAGAAGCAGAUCAUCUACCCCUCCUACACCGACAAGCAGCUUGCUGGUGGAAAGGUCGUCAAGCCCGACCAGUCCUACGCUCCUGCUGCCCUCCCCUAAACGCCUCAUGGUCGAGCCAACAACUUCCGACAAGCAUGGGCAUAAUGCAUAAUCUUAAUGUGGUGGAUGAGGUUAAAUAGAAACAUUGUAUAUACGGCAUACCUAGACCUUAAAAUGAUAUAAUUACUAUAAA